AUGGAUUUUGAUAUAGGAAGUAUCUUAAAAAAAGAGAUUGCUAAGAAGCAAGACGAGUUACGCAAGAAAACCGACACACAAAAGUCAUCGGGUCCAGAUUCUACUUCUGUUCCCAAGGUUGAAGAGGAUAAACCAAAAAUUGACAUAGCGAAACAUAAGCUAGAUAAUUCAGUUAAUGAAGACGAUCUAUCCUUAAAACGAAAGAAGACACAGGAGCUAGAGUCAAGAUCUUUACGAAUUGAAGAAAUUAUCUCGACGGAAUCUAAAAUCUCAUAUACAAUAAACUCCAAUACAAUAGGUGUUACCAAGGAAUCCAAAAAGCUUUCAAUACAAUGUAAUCUAUACAUUCAUGAUAUACUUUCAAGAUGGGACUCUAGCAAAGAACGAUACCACCCAGAAUUGCUCAUAGAAACGAAGAAAAGUUUGUUUUUCUUAUUAGUGCAACUACGAAAGAAUACUCUAGCACCUGAUUUAUUGAUUUCCUUAGCCACUGUCCUGUAUCAUAUGCAGCAAGCUGUUCAAAAUCUCACUGAGAUUAACUUAGCAAUCCAAUCGUAUAUGAAAUUAAGUAUUGGGAAUGUGGCAUGGCCCAUCGGGGUCACUCAAAUUGGUAUUCAUGAAAGAAGCGCCCAUUCAAGGAUACAGGGUGGUUCACAGCGGGCGAACGUAAUGAUUGAUGAACCCACUAGGUUAUGGAUAACAAGUGUUAAACGAUUAAUUAGUUUCCAGGAAUGGUGGAUUAAGUAUGGCUCUGAAAAUAAUAAAUAA